UCUCAUCUCUGCUCCCCAAUUACCGGCCGGCUCGGACCCACUAUAAGGGGCUGGGAGAGUAGAGUCUAGAGUGGAGGGGAGGGGGCAGUUCCUGAGCGAAUACAGAGAGAGUGACUCCAGCUCUUGGCAGAUAGGUGCCUAGAUCCCCUACAGAGCUGAUCGCCCUUUGAGCCAGAGGAUGCUAAUUAGCCAGGCGCCCUACAAGCCCGGGGGAGGAGCUGCCUCUAGACUAGACUCAGUGUCCCCGUUACCCCAGAGGCUUGGGUAGUCAGCUGCUUCCUCCCCAAGCUUGAUCAUGGAGCUCCAAGUGAACGUGAAGACGUGGAUCGAGAAAAACAAAUCCUUCUUUCUCCCCCCAGUCUGCAACAAGCUCAUGCAUCAGAAACAACUUAAAGUCAUGUUCGUUGGAGGCCCAAAUCAAAGAAAGGAUUACCACAUUGAGGAAGGAGAAGAGAUCUUUUACCAGGUUGAAGGUGACAUGGUCCUUAAGAUCUUGGAGCAAGGCAAACACCGAGAUGUGCUCAUCCGCCAGGGGGAGAUAUUCCUCCUGCCGGCUGGCAUCCCCCAUUCCCCACAGAGGUUUGCCAACACUGUGGGGCUGGUGAUAGAGCGAGAAAGACUGAAGACAGAGGUAGAUGGGCUCAGAUAUUAUGUUGGAGAUACAACAAAUGUCCUUUUCGAAAAGUGGUUCUACUGUGAAGAUCUUGGCACACAACUAGCACCAAUAAUCCAGGAGUUUUUCAGCUCUGAGCAGUACAAGACAGGAAAACCUCGCCCAGACCAGCUGCUCAAAGAGCCACCCUUCCCCCUGAGCACAAGGACUGUCAUGGAGCCACUGGUCCUUCAGCAAUGGCUGGCUGACCAUCGUGGGGAGCUACAGGGAGGGAGCACCCUCAGCCUGUUUGGAGACACUUAUGAGUCACAGGUUACAGUCUAUGGAUCUGGCAGCAGCAAAGGUCUUAAAUUGGGUGUGGACAUGUGGCUAUGGCAGCUGGAAGGGUCCUCAGUGGUGACCAUUGGGGGACAGAACCGAAGGCUGGCAUCAGAUGACAGCCUCCUUGUGCCCAAAGGGACUGUGUACCUCUGGGAGCGAGCUCAGGAUUGUGUAGCUUUGGCAGUGACCCAGAAUCCGGAUAAUAAGAAGCCAAUGAAGUAAACCUCUAUAAUAAUGAA